GUCAGAUUCAGGAAGCAGAAAAAAACAACAUGGCCGUCUGCAUCGCAGUGAUCGCAAAAGAGAACUACCCUCUGUACAUUCGUAGUGUCGCCUCCCAAAAUGAGCUGAAAUUUCACUACACGGUGCACACCUCCCUGGAUGUGGUGGAGGAGAAGAUCUCGACUGUGGGCAAGUCAAUGGCAGACCAGAGAGAGCUGUACCUGGGUCUGCUUUAUCCAACUGAGGACUAUAAAGUGUACGGAUAUGUGACGAACUCUAAAGUGAAAUUUGUCAUCGUUGUGGACUCGUCGAAUACUUCACUGCGGGAUAAUGAAAUUAGAAGUAUGUUCAGGAAAUUACACAACUCCUUCACAGAUGUCAUGUGCAAUCCUUUCCACAAUCCCGGCGAUUCUAUUAAGUCGAAGGCUUUUGACAGCAUUGUCUCCGGAAUGAUGGUCCAAACUGGCUGACUAUUUGUUCCUGUAUUUAUUUGACCCCACCCCUGUAAAUACAUCUUUGUUCCUGACCUGGUCAAUAAAAAAUAAAAAAAAGAAAUGUGUGGGCCAAUUCAAAUAUGUCCG